GCAGCCUCGUUCUACUGUGAUAAGAUGGGCUUCGAGGCUUUGGCCUACAAGGGUUUGGAGACUGGCAGCCGAGAGGUGGUGUCUCAUGUCAUCAGACAGGAUAAGAUCAUAUUUGUAUUUGAAUCGCCACUAAACCCUGGAAAUGAAGAGAUGGGAGAACACUGGAUUAAGCAUGGAGAUGGAGUCAAAGACAUUGCUUUCCAAGUGGAGGAUUGUGACUUUUUAAUCAAGACAGCCAAAGAGCGAGGAGCUGUAAUCGUCAAGGAACCCUGGGUGGAGCAGGACAGCCAGGGCAGGGUCAAGUAUGCUGUGAUUCAAACGUAUGGAGAUACAACACACACACUCAUUGAGUACCUCAGUCCGUACAAAGGCCUUUUCCUGCCAGGCUACAAUAAGCCUCUGUUUAGAGAUCCUCUGUUAGCCACGCUUCCACCAGGAGGUUUGAACUUCAUCGAUCAUGUAGUGGGAAACCAGCCAGAUGACCAAAUGGUGCCAGUUUCAGACUGGUAUCUGAAGUGUAUGAUGUUCCAUCGGUUCUGGUCAAUAGACGACAAGCAGAUCCACACGGAAUACAGUUCAUUGAGGUCCAUAGUGGUGACCAACUACGAAGAGACCAUCAAGAUGCCCAUCAACGAACCUGCAAUGGGGAAAAAAGUCUCACAAAUCCAGGAAUACGUGGACUACAACGGGGGACCAGGCGUUCAGCAUAUCGCCCUCAACACGUCAAACAUCAUCCAAGCCGUGAUGAACCUGCGCGCCCGAGGGAUGGAGUUCCUCUCAGCGCCUGACUUGUACUACGAGACCCUGCGGAGGAAUCUCAAAACCGCCAAGAUCAAGGUGAAAGAGGACCUCGACCGCUUACAGGAAUUGAAAAUCUUAGUUGAUUUUGAUGACAAGGGCUACCUCCUUCAAAUCUUUACCAAACCUGUGCAGGACAGACCAACUCUUUUCCUGGAGGUUAUUCAGCGGAACAACCACUUUGGCUUCGGGGCAGGCAACUUCAAGUCUCUCUUUGAGGCCAUUGAGAAGGACCAAGAUGCCAGGGGCAACCUCACUGUGCUGACACCCGCAGGGCAGGCCAAAGCCUUCAAAUGAUCCUCCGACUGCUGCUGCCAAACCACACUUACAUAUA